AUGGCGAUGUUGCGUGCCCGUCAGAGACUGUUGCAGGGUGGUGCUGUGCUCAGCAUUAUAUCACUGCUCCUCUGGACCGCUGCCUUUCUUUAUGGGAGCUUCUACUACUCAUACAUGCCCAAGGCAGCUUUUUCCACCCCUGUGCACUAUUAUUUAAGGACAGACUGUGAGUCCACAGGCACCUUUCCAUGCUCUUAUCCUAUGGCCAACGUUUCUCUGAUAGGGAACGACAAGAAGCAGGUGUUGACCUUUGGCCAGCCCUAUCAGAUCUCUCUGGAGCUGGAGAUGCCCGAGUCCCCAACCAAUCAACAGCUUGGGAUGUUCAUGAUCAAGAUGACCUGUUACUCCGCAGAAGGGAAGAGGGUUGGCUCCUCCGCCCGCUCUGCAAGACAAGUGCUCUCCUCUUCCAGCUCUCGCUUUGGCAUGCUGCGUUAUCGCUCAGAGAUUUUGAGGACCAUGGGGACACUGCUGUUCCUCCCGGCGUUACUGGCCGGAGUGACCGAGCAGAGACAAAACCUGGAGGUGGAGCUCUUCUCAGACUAUACAGACGAUCCUUAUGCCCCUUCAGUGAAUGCCAUCAUUGAGAUCAUGUCCAGCAAGGUGGAGAUCUAUUCAUCUCAGCUCAACAUUCACGCUCACUACAGUGGCCUGAGAUACUUGCUCUUCAACUUCCCUGUCACCUCAGCGCUGGUGGGUGUGUCCAGUAAUUUCAUCUUCCUGAGUGUUCUCUCCCUCUUCGGCUACAUGAGGCUGCUGUUGACAGUAGCACGGAGACAAAAGCAGUACAAAACAGAUGGAGCGUCAUCAGGGAGGAAGAGGAACAUGGACACAGGCAGGGAAGACGAUGCUAAAGAUGAAAGAAGCUACUUGGCAGACACCCCAAUGCAGUUGGAUCCACUUGAGAUAACACCCACCGGCCUGAGAGAGGAGGAGCCCAGUCUGUAUGACACAUAGUCAGUCAGUGAGAUAAAUGAGUCGGGGCCGGCCGGUGGCCAUUACUAAAGGAUGGGAGGAGGAUGGAGAUGGGCCCUAAUGGUGAUAUAUAGGGAUAUGAUAGUGAAAGCGAUAUGAGGUUGAAAAUGAGUCAGAUAAUAAUCACAGUGACACUACAUAACAACCUGAGGCAUAAUACUGCCCUACUGGAGUUGUAGAUCUUCAAAUAGCCAUUUCCCCUUCUUGCAUCAUGCACUCUUUAUACUAUGUCAUAAGUUCACAUUUUAUGGGAACCUCCGUGAUUUGUGGAAUUGACUGAUUUUAAUUUGUAUCAUCUCAAACUAAUCUGUCAUUGUCAGUGUUUAAUAAAAAAAAAAAGAAACACAUUUCUCAACCCAAACCUGGUGUUCAUUUAGGACAAACAGAUGCACAGAGUUCUGGCUCCAAAAGGAGGAGCUAAACUCUGACCGCCUGGAGUUCCUCUUUUUGUUGCAGAGUUGUUUACCUAUAAUGUUGCCAUUGUGGCUAAUGUCCAAAAGCUAUAUGAAUCUAAGAAUGUGAAUUUAUUUCUAAUCUUUACAUGGAUUAUCAUCUGACAGCGCUUAAGUGUUAUGUUGAAAUAUUGCCAAUCCAAAGUUCUGAGUGGGUUUGUACAUCGAACCAAAGCCAAAUAAUGAAUGGAGCCUGUGAGAAAACAUGUGUCUUUUUUUUUUUUUUUUUUUUUUUUUUUACUGUAAAAUAUAUGUCUAUUACUUUGCUGAAAAUCCAUUCCAGUGCACAUU